AUGCUUACCUCAGCAGCAUACAACUGUGACACAUGUCCAUUCGGCUGCAACAUGCUCAAUGUUGACACACAGUUGAAGAAGCUCUCCCAGUGCCUUGAAAACAACCACCCACACCUCAAAUCCUCCAUCGACACCGCAGACGCCACACCUUCCAGCUCCACUGCCCCUUGUGCCUCACCAACACACCAGCCUGCCACUAAGAUCUGGCAAUCACUAAACUUGAAACGUGAGGCUGACCGUCUGAAAACGUAUGAGAAAUGGUCGAUCUUGUUCAUGGACCCACAUCCUCUGUCAGCUGCUGGCUUUUACAACACAAACCAGGGUGAUGUGGUGCAGUGUGCCUUUUGUGGAGUUCAGGUGGGACACUGGGAGGAAGGAGAUGACCCCUUCACAGAUCAUCAGCACUGGGCCCCAUCCUGUGGGUUUGUUAGAGGGAUGCCAGUUGGAAACAUUCCCAUCAAUUCCGAUGGCACCGAGUCACAAGAGAGUCGUGGCUAUGAUGUCUGUGGACCAUUCUCGGACUUUAGGCUGAAUUCUGGCUCAGAGCGAGCCGUCAGCAGUGGGGUGCAUCACAACCUUUUGACACCAGAGGAACUGCAGAAGCAUGGCAUCAACCAGAGCCGUGGCCCAAUGCACCCAUCUUACAACACAUAUGAUUCACUAGUACGGUCAUAUGAGAACUGGUAACGCUCCCUCAAACACAAGCCAGACAAACUGAGUGAAGAAGGGUUCUAUUACAUGGUUAAGGGAGACCAAACAGUGUGUUUCCACUGCGGUGGAGGACUCCAAGACUGGGAGGAGACGGACAAUCUGUGGGUUGAACAUGCAGUGUGGUUUCCCAAGUGUAAGUAUGUUGUGCUGAACAAGGGGCGGGAAUUCAUUCAAGAAUGUCGUCAGCCAAAGGCAGCCAAUGUUCCAGUCCAGGAUUUGAAGAAUUUGCUGGGAGACAUGCAGAAGACAAAGGCAUCAUCAUCAUCAUCAUCAAGUAAGGAGCCCAGCCUGAAAGCAUCCGCUGUUCAAGCAAACGGUUCACAUGAGAAGGUAAUUGAUGACGCACGAGUCUGCCAGAUUUGCUACGUGGAAGAACGGGGAGUUUUAUUCUUACCUUGUGGUCACCUUGUAGCAUGUGUGAAAUGUGCAGCAUCACUUUCAACAUGCGCUGUGUGCAGACAACCAUUCACUGGCACUGAAAGAGCAUUCCUGUCGUGAAAACCUGUACCAGCAUUGGGAUACCAA